CAGUGUGACAGCCGGAGCUGCGUCCCUGCCAUGGACCCGCAGAAAGAGGCGCGAACAGCCCGGGACCCGGGCGCGCAGCCGCCGGCCUCGCAGUCCCAGACGCCGAAGGAGGAGGAGCGGCGGGAGAGCGGCGAGGCGCCGGCGGCGGCCCUGGGCGAGGAGGACGUGGACGCCAGUGCGGACGGGCUGUGGGAGCUGCCGGUGGAGCCGGCUGAGCGGAGGCCCGAGUGCAGCCGGUGCAGCCGGCCUCAGAAAGUGUGUUUAUGUCCGUUUCUACCAGUGCAUCCUCUGCACAUCUCUACCUACUUGUACAUAAUUCAGCAUCCGGCAGAGGAAAGCAAAGUGUUGCGGACAGUUCCUCUACUAGCAGCAUGCCUCCCCCAGGACAAGUGUAAAGUCAAGAUUGGUCGUCGUUUUAGUGAAGAAAGAGAUCCUGAACUUUCAGCUGUUUGUCGGAAGUCUGGUACAUUAAUAUUAUAUCCAGGUGCUGAAGCUGAUAAUUUGGAAGAGUUUAUAUUAGAUUCUCCUACUUAUCCUUCCACAAUCAUCAUCAUCGAUGGUACAUGGAGCCAGGCUAAGGACAUUUUCUAUAAGAAUUCCUUGUUCCGACUGCCCAAACAGGUGCAGUUAAAAACUAGCAUUUCUAGUCAGUACGUAAUUCGGGCACAACCAACUAAUAGGUGCCUGUCUACACUGGAGUGUGCAGCUGUUGCUCUUUCCAUCUUAGAGAAAAAUAAUUACAUACAAGAGACUUUGCUUCGCCCUCUUCGAGCUUUAUGUUCCUUCCAGCUUCAGCAUGGUGCUCAAAUUCGCCUCAGCAAGGAACACCUUCUGAAAAAUGGAUUAUAUCCUAAGCCGAUGCCAAAGAACAAACGCAAACUCAGGAAGAUGGAACUGUUAAUGAACAGUGUUAAAAUUUAGCACAAAUGUUCUUAUGGUGCUAUUUAUGGUGUCUUCAGUUGACAGUACCAUCUUAAGUUUUUUUUUUUAAAUUUCUUUAUUGAUUAAGGUAUUACAUAUGUGUCCUUAUUCCCCUAUUACCCCCACCUCCCAUUCAUGCCCCCACCCCCCUGUUGUCUGUGCCAUCUUAAGUUUUCAUACAACUUAAGUCUGUGGGGUUUUUUGGUUGUUUAAAGAAUGAGGGUUGCAUACUAAAGUUGUCCAGAAGAAGGACAUAAAUCAUAUAGCCAUGAAAGCAAAUAAAGAAGCAAAAUUAAACUGACUCAGUAAAAAGCAAGAUUCCAUGCUGUAUUUGCUUUUAAAAAUGUGCCUCUAAUACAUUUUUUCAAGUCCAUAAUUGAAAUGGGAUUAGUUGUUAAGCUGGGUUAGAAGUACUUUUUUAAAAUGGAAGGAAAUCCUUGUACCUGAUUGGGAUAGUCAUGUUUCCAUUACUGUUUUAUAGAUAAUUAGGUAUAGACCUGUAAUAGAUGACACCUCCAUCAAUUUGCAA